CCGUUUGGAUUAGUCGUGUCUGCGCUGCUCGUCAGUACAAUACGAUACGAUUGUUAGCCGGUAAUAACACACAAAUCUAACAAAAACAAUAAUAUAAUAUAACACACUUAUCUGCGUUACACCGGGAUUCAUUUUUGUUUAUUAUCAAUCGCAUAUUAAUAAGUAUUUAUGUCGGUAAAUAUUUUCGAGUGUUUAUCUUCAUCAUGUGCCUACGCGAAAUGAUAAACAACUGUCGGACGGUUUGUUUAGGCAUUUAUUACCGCGAUACCAUUAUCAUUGUAGAAGGCUGGUCAAUAUUAAAUUUUAGAGUUUAGACCGUUGAUUAUAAUAAUGAAUUCCGUUCGAAUUGAUUGCCCAUACGUUAUCAUGUAGUAUAAAAUAAAUUUCGUAUAAAUAAAUUAUUGUGUGAAAUCAACGGUCAGAACAUUAAAUUAUGUUGUUAAAAACCGUGUGCGUGUAGUAAAUAUUUCCGUUCAAAUUUUAUUGUAAGUAAUGUACUCCUGCAGCGUUAAAUAUACAGUGCUUCUAUAGGUAAGUGGCAUUACAAUAAUUAUAAUAAUAAUUAAGAUAGGUACAAUAAUUAUAUUGGCAUGCCUACCUAUAAAAUAACAAUGAUAAGUUUAAUUUGAGUGUAAGGAUGUUAACUUACAUUAUAAAUAUGUUCCACCCACAUUAAUACAAAUUAUUAAUUUACUGUUUAUUUAUUAACACAUGGCUAUUUAUUCACUAUUUGUUAACUACCGACUGUAAUUCAAGUAAAAUGAUAAAAGUGCGUACAAAUAUAUAAUAAGUAGGUAUAACGACAUUUCGAUAAAUUCACAGUAUUAGUAGUAUCACUUAUCAUUUAGUUAUUUAUCACAUCAUAUAGGUACACUUUUUAAGAUAGGAACGGUUGUUCGAAAAUGAUUAGAAUAAAUAAUAACGGUCCGAAAGCAUAAUUUCAAUACGUAUAUUUAAAUUCAUACUAAGCAUUUCAAUACUAAAUACUAAUAUAAGUAUUUAAUUGUAAACAUUAUCCGUCUAGGAGACUUAGGCUACCCCUCGUGAAUAUCGGACUUAUAAUUUGUUGUGCAAAACCACGUCAUGCAGGCUUUUAUUUCUCAUACAGCAGGUAUGUUAAUUAUUAUAAUUAAUAUUCUACUGGGCCGCGUUGCCGUAAAACGGUUCUUAUCAUUUUCGGACAAUUUCUUAUCACUGCACUUUUUUUCGAUACUAUAUAGGAUAUUGAUAUUAAAACACAACAAAUUAAAGUUUGUUACAUAAAACAUUAAUAAUAUAUCACGUUAUAUAAUUUACACUUCUUAUACGGUAUUAAAUAUUGCUAUCAUAAAAAACAAUAAAGUUCAUUGACCGAAAAUCUAUUGACGCGAAAUCCUAACUAUAAGAGAGGGGACACCGGAACCUUCAACAUGAGUAUUUACGUACACACUGAAUAAUGAUCGGAGGACACGGAGACACAGAGUAGUUUUUCCUCUCAUCCGCGUUUAUUUUUAUAAGCUUACUGCCCGAGAAUAUUCGUGUCAAUUAAAGAAAUUACAUUUUAUCGAACUGUGGGAAUCGCCACAACCAGAUGAGAUAUUACGCCUACUGUCAAUAUAGACGUCCUCGACUCGAGAAGAGUAGGUAUUAUAGGCACUAUUGUUUAGAUAUGUCCCUACUCAACAAUAAAUCUAAAAUACUUGUACACAGAAUAAUAUUAUUUCCAUUAAAUAUUUGGUAUUCAUUAUCAUUUAUUUGCCAAUUUCAUCGGAUCAGGUAGACACGGAAUAAAUAAUAAAAUGCAUUCGAUACCGCGUAAUCUUGAACAGUAUGAUGUAUUAUUAUAAAAUCGUAUAUAAUUUAAACGUUGUUAAUCUGUUUGAUCUGAACGUUGCGAGGAAUGCAUUGACGUACGUUUGGCCAGCACCUCUUCCACUGGAAUUUUUUAUAAUGAUGACAAUAAUACACUUUUGUAGAACAGAAUAAUUGUAAUACGGCGAUACUUGGCGAUAACGAUUCGAUACUCGAUUUUCGAUUAAUUACAUAGUUAUAGGUACACCGUCUUCUGCUCAGUCAUAUAUUUUAUUCUGAAAAUAUCGUUUGGAAAGAAAUCCAUGCGUUGAUCUAUCAGCAUAAUACAAAUUUAUUAUUUAAAAAAAAUAUAAAUGUAAUUUGAGAUUUCUAAGUAAUUGAUGAGGAAUAGAUAUUAAUUUUCAAAUGACAAGUGCUUUUUUCGGGAAACCAGUAAAAGCAUGAAUAUUUAAUGACUAGAAUCGUAGGUUAAUCGAUGGUAUUCAAAUGGGCGUAUCUUCAAAUCUGAUUUAAUUUAAAAUGUUCUGACCAUAUUUGGCACGAAGCAAAAUUUGAAUCUACAGUACCUAGUUUUAAAUUACAAUAAUUAUUUUAAUCGUUAUUAAUAAGCAGAAUUAUCGUUUUCUAAAAACUCCAAUAUGAAACUACUUUUUUAUAAUGGACUUUCAAUAGAAAAUGUUAUUUUAUUAAAUUACUAUUACAUAUUACUAUUACAUUUUAUCAAUAUAAAGUACAUAAAAAUAAUGAAAAUAAAAAUUGCAAAAAUAUUGUUAUUAAAUAAUAUAUGAUUACAUAGAAAUUUAUUUUAUAUAAUUAAUUCGGUAUAGCUUUUGCUCCAGGACGGCAAAUUUAUAGGAGUGGCAAUGGUAUAUAAGUUUCGAUAUUCAAAUACCUAUUUAGUCAAUUUUUUUUCUCAAUGUUUAAUCGAGUAAUUAUAUUUAGUAAUUAUAACUUUUAACAAUUAUAAUUGUAACAAUGAAUAAUAUAUAUUAUAAGUAUAUGGACUGUUGCAUAUUAUAUCGCCGUAAUUAUAGCGGUAUUAUAAUCUCAAUGUACGUACAAUUUUGUAAUUUUGUCUAAUCGAUUUCCUGCUCCACCGAUGUCGCUUAGUGUCGUUUUAUCUUUGUUCAGUACUCAAUUAUCAGUGAUCAGUGUCAGCAUUCGCAGUUGACAGUAAUAAAUUGUUUUUGAGUACUAAAAUAAUUAAACCAAUCGGUUAUGAAUAAUAUUACCGUAAAUGGAGAAUCGAAAAAAAUUUAAAAAAUAAGUAAGUGUAAUUGUUGAACAAUGGUAACAUUUGGAAUGUUUUUUUAAAAAAUAUUUUUUUUUUUUACCGAGCCAUUAUUGCUACUGAGAAAAUACCAGAUUUGUCAACACUCUGCGCCGAGUUUGAAAUAUUUAAAGACAUUAAGUGGGAAGAACUUAUUCAUACAUUUUGUAUAAUGAAAUCGAGAAAGAAACGUUUUUGCUAAAAAUAAACUUCUAAACAUUUUAUUUGCAUUACACUGUACUUGCUUAUAACUAUCAUAAUGUAUAUAUAUGUGUGUGUAUGCAUUUUUAUAUUACGUAUUAUUAAUAUUCAAAAAUAUUGUUUAAUUAUAAAAUAAUAUAAUAAUGUUUUAGUAGGUAUUUAAUUGUAUAACAAAAAAGGUAUCGAAUUUGUAUUAAAUUGUUUAGCAUAUUUAUACGGUAUUACAUGAAAUAUGUGUACUUUUAAUGGCACUUUAAUAAUAAGUACCAAAUAUACAUAGCUCCAGGGCGGUUCUAAUCUUUAAUCCGACCCUACAGUUCGGUAUGCAUAACAUAUUAUACUAUUUAACUAUUUUACAUUUAAAAAAAAUCAUAAAAUCGUACAGUCAUCAAGUUCACAAAGGUAGAUUUAUUUUUAGAUUUUAAAAAUCGUACAUAUAUAUAUAUAUAUAUGUAUAUUGUAUUCAUUGAUUUCAAUAUUUUAUUUCACGUAUUUGUAUUCAAUUAGUUUAGACAUUAUAACAAAAAAAAAAAAAACCGCCGGAGGAGUUGGAGAUUGAAGAAAUAUUUUUCCUACCCUCCGGUUUAAUAUCAAUUUUUCGAAAUUUUUCGACGCCAAUAUUUAGCAUGUAAUUAGUAUGAAUUUAGAUGACCGGUCCUGAAAUUUGAACGACACUUUCCCGACAGUAAAUAGUAGUUUUUCAGAUUUACGUGUUUCACCAGUCCCCCCCCCCUCCAUUCGAUAAUUUAAAUUUUUUUGUGUCAAUAUUUAAUAUGUGGUUAGCAUAAACUUGCCUGUCGCUGCAAUUUGCAUACCUUUAUUUCAGGCGUUACCUAUAUCAAACAAAAAACCGGAGGAGGAAGCUCGAAAACCGUUUCUUUAAUAAUAAUGCAAAUAAUUCAAUACAUAAAACAUUAAAUGAAAAUAUUAUUCUUGGUAUUCUAUAAUGUAUAAUAUAAUUUAAACAAUUAUAAAUAGGUACAGAUAUAACUCUCUCAAUUUUAAAUAAGUAGUUUAAUUCACUGAAAAGUCAAAUAUUCCCCGAAAAAAGACUUUAGCGUUAUUUUGUAUCUGUUAUAGAUAGAUAGGUAAGUAUUAUAGUCCUGCAAGGGCCAUCAAUUUUGAUCCCGUCCGGUCCAACAAUUUUUUGUGAAAAAGAAGCCCACGCCAUGAUAAUGCUCAUCUUUUAUAAAACCACGUCCUGCCUUAGGUUUAUUUUUUGUAAAUUUGUAGUAUCCUGUACAAACAUAAGGGAAUCUACUCUACCUCCUUUUAAGUUUACACGGCGUUUAUCAAUUACACGAUUCGCUUCUUUCGCUUUAUGUAAUUGAAACAAGUCAACCCGGCCCGGCGUGUUAUGAAAUUCCAUGACUUUAAAAAGCCCCGUCCAAUCCUUGGUUUAAUGUUUAAAAUUUGGCCUGUCCCGGCUCUAAAAAUCGCCAAAAAAAAAAUAAUAAUAAUAAUAAAAGCCAAAAUCAGCCUUUUUUAUGUUUCUAAGACCCCGCCAGGUUUAAUGUAGUACGUACUGGACUUUUUGAGGACCAAACAUAGCCGGCCUAUUGCAGGUCUAUAGUAUAUACUAUAUACAUACACACACAUGAUUAAAUAUUACACAUAAAUAGAACAGCACCUCAAGUAACCAACAAAUAACAAUACCCUGCACCAACGAUAUAUUGUUUCUUAUAGUAUUAUUAUUGUUAUUAUUAAGUGUAUUGUGUACAAGUGUUCGUAUCCAUAUUUGGAAAAAUUAACCGUUAAGAAAACGUUUCCUGGAGGUUAGAUUUUUAUCACUUAUCCCUUUAAGAUGACACUCACAAAGGUCAGUAUUUACUUUCAUAUGAUGAAAACCCAAAUAUUAUGUUCCUUCCAUUUCACAAUAGGCCAGAAUAUAAUAAUUUUUAGUCCAAACCCAAAAUAACACAUUAUCAUUAGUAAUUGAUUAUUGUAUAUUAUUCGAUUAUCUACGAAUUAUAGAUUAUAAAAGAAGUACUCAUCGCGUUAUCAGCACGCUGAUUAUAUAUUUAUUUAUAACAUUUAUGUCUACUUUAUUCUCAUACGACUUUUCAGUUCGCAGUCUAUUAUUUGUCACCUAUUCGGCUGCUAAAAGUUUAAAUUAAUACGUGUAAACAUUUUUUUUUCACAAAUUCUUCGGAAAUUGACACGUAUGUUUUAUUAUUCAAAAUAAUUAAAUGGCAAUUUUUAAAUUCUAAUUAAGCUAUUAAAAUCUUCAUAAUUUAAUUUAGUACAAGUAUACUUUAUUUGAUAGGGUUUUUAUAUUUAAUCUGAACAGCUCUUGUCAUUAAAACAAUUUUAAUUUAUUUUAAUUUUUAAAACUAAAAAAAUGGUAUAAUUUGUUUUUACCUGUUUAUAAAUCAUACCUAUUUUAACGUUGUAGUAUAUGGUUUGUAAGUAUAUAUCUAAAUUAUGGAAACUCGUUGCGAUCUUUUUGAAUUUAUGCAAAGAAUUGAAGGAGACAAUAGUUCUAAAAUACAAUAUGUUUAAAAUAACUUAAAUAGACUGUUUGAUUGUCAACAAUAUUGUGAUACAAUUUCGGAUUCUAUUAAACAAUCUAUACAUCGCGUUAGUAGUGAAAUGUUUCAACAAUGGAAAAAAAGUAAUAGGACCAAAGAAGUUUUUAUGAAUAUGGAGGGUGGACUGGGGGGUUAGCCGCCCUAGAAUAGCUAUAGCUCCUCUUAACAACAACUCCAAUUUAUAUAUCUCACACUUAAAUUCAUACAGAAAAUUAAAAACUAAAUACCUAAUUUUUAUCAAAUAUAUAGUUUUGGCCAUAAAAUUAUCUGGCGCACUGAGUAUUUGAGAAAACGAGAAGCAUAGGAUAUUUCAAAUUAAAAGUAACGUAAAAUGAUAAUAUAGAACUUGAAAACAUCCAACACGCAAAUAUCUAGGAAUCACUUCAAAUUAUAAUUCUAGAGAACUAUAUCGAUCACAUUGUGAAAACUUAAAGACAAAAGUAAAUACACGAAACGGAUAAUUACAUGUUAUCAUUAACAUACAAUGUUGUCCACAGAAAAUAAAAAUCGUAAUAUUUUACUAAUAUAUUUAGUACAUUUUCUCGGUUUCCCUUGAUUUUUUUCGUUUUUCACAUUUAAUGAGUAAACUCCCGAGAAAAUCAAAAAAUGACAUUCCUAAAGUACCACCCCAAGAAAAUUUACUUUCAGAAAAAGGUCUACAUCUUAUACAUCGGAGCAAGAUUUCUGGUAGAAUUUUUGUACAUAGUAUAAAAAAAUAAACAUCUUUGUAAAACCAAUAUAUAAUUAUUCGCUACACUCAGAAUCUAAAAAUAGUUGAGCGUAAUGUAAUAGUAUAUUUUUUAAGCAAUUAACGUUCAAACUUUAAUAGACCACGUAAGAAUAAUGGCAUUUUCCGUACUGUAUUUUAGAUUAUCAAAGAUUUAUGUGAAUAUGAUUAUUCGGCCAGUUAAAAUACUCAACAAUUUAACACGAAGUUCGUCGUAAGUGGUACUAAGUGAAAAAAAAAAAUAUCGUUACAUAUAUACAUGAAUUAAAUUACUUUAUUUAUCCUACCUUCCCAACUCCCCAUAUACAACAGCGGCACACAUAUUAGCAGUAUCAGCCUUUUUUUUCAAAAUACUUUAAAAUCUAGGGAUAAUAUCGCAUGAGAGGGAAGGAAAUAAAUAAGUAAUUUGUAAACUAACAAAAUAUUAUGUAACAUUUACCUUUAAAUUACUAGAGUGCUAUUGUCCUUCUAUAAUUUAGUUACCUAAAAAAAUAAUAAACAACUUUAAAAAUAUUUACCACGUACACUUCCUGGUCCAUUAUAAAUAAUAUUUUAUAGUUGUACAAAAUUGUGAUGUUUUACUGGCGUCCAUCUCUAUUUAAACUCUCGGGGUAAAAUAUAAUUUACACAUAUCCAUUCACCACAAAAACAAAUAAUUUACGGUUUUUUAAUAGUAUUAUACUUCGUUAAAAUAUUUAAAUUUCUAAUACUUGUACCAUCAUCCACCUCCACCUCUCGAGAUAGGCGCAACUGUACACGACAACUUACUAUAUUCUAUAUUAAGUAUUGACACUUACAUUUAAUAAUAUUGACCAUGAUUUUCAAGUUUCAGUUACUUUAGAGUUCGGAAAUAAAAACAUAUCCGUUUGGACCUUGAAAACAACUACCUACAUAUCUAUUUGCUAUGUAUUUUUGCAUUUCCUGUUUUUCAGCCCGUAAUACUGCACGUUUCACGCAUUUAAUAACUUAUUCUUAUUGAAAAUCAUUAGAGUUUAUAGGUAGGUAUUGUUAAAACAAAAUAGCACAUCAUCAAAAUAUCUGUCCUUCAAUUAGUAUUUAUUAAUACUGAAUCAUAGGAAAAAUCUAAAUACUGAUUGGAUAUUAAAGCCGUUCACAACCUUUUUUAUGUCCACGUACCAUUUACUUAUUUUGAAAUUUUUCACGUACCACUUAAGCUAAUAACCAAAAAAUAAAAUGUAUAUGUUAUUUUACAUGUAUGGAGCUUUUUAUUAUUAAACUUAUAUAAUUAUAUAAGCAUUGAAUGCACAAAAGUAAAAUUGAUUUAUGUACAGUUACUAUUUGAAUUAUUAUUUAUGAACUAAAUUACAACUAUUAACAACUUUUUUUUCACUUAUCCAAACAUUUCUUCGCGUACCACUUAUACAAGCUUUCCACGUACCACGAGUUGGGAACCGCUGGUCUGCAGGAACUAAUAUUUACAGUGUAAAUUAUAAUUUACUAUUUAGCUGCAUAUGUACCAUAAAUUGUACAACUUGACCAAUUAGUUAAAACUGCAUAUAUAAUAAGUUUACCUAAUAAAUAUUAUUCACAAUUUGUAUUCGUAAAACUAAUCAUUUUUGUAUUUAUAGAUAAUUUCAUGGAAACUGGUGAAAUUUCGGAAGUUUUUCUAGUACGGUGAUGCUAGUAAAAAAAACCAUUAUUCAGUUUCUGAAUAGUACACGUACUAAUAGUGAUUUAAAACUUUUGAAGAUGGUGUUCACUGGUAUUACUUCGAAUAGGAAAUCGUACUCGGAAGUCAAAAUACCUAAAACAAAAGUACUAAAUGAGGUAAGUCAUGUAUAAUUUUAACCAGUUAAACAUUUCGUGUCCACUUCUUGAAACAUGCUUUACUGGAUUUAUCUUGAAUGAUACCUAACCUUGGACAUUUCCAAUGUCUAGUACAUUAAACCGGUUAGUACCUAUAGGUAGGUACUCGAUUGUAGAAACAUAAUAUUCUGGGUAUUUUUUUCCUUUUGUGACGCAUUUAAUAUUUACAUAUUAUCAUUUUUAAUACCUACACACAAUAAACAUACAAUCUGUAACACAAGAAUCCAACAUUUGAAAAACUUUUCUUCUGUUCAGUAUUUUUAAGUUUUUCCUUUUAAUAAUAACAAAGCACAACUAUGAUUUUUCUAUUAUAUAUAUUUUUUAUUUUUUUUAAAAACUAAAUAAAAAAUUGUUUUACAAAAUCCAGGAUGUUGCAAAGCACAUAAACUGUUGAAUCGUUAAUUCUCAAAAAUAUUUUGAAGUUUAUUAUUGUUCAAAUAGUUUUCAUAGUCACUAUUAAAUAAUAUCAAUAGUUUGGCCAAUUUUUCGUUGAAAAAUAAUUUUAUUAAUAACUCUUGUAAACUUCAAAUAACUGUAGAAACUUAGCAAUUCAUCAUUAGUAAAUAUGUUUAACGCCAACAUUUUGUUUCGAUAUAUAUAUAUUUAUAAAACGGGUACCUCAGAUUUUGAAAAACAAUUUUUUUUUAAAUUUUUUAAAAUUAUUUUUAGAUUAAAUAAAAUAUAUAAAAUAGAUAAAUCAAAGAGCUAUAAGGCUUUAGAAAUGAUUAUAAUAAAAAAAAAACUUAAAAAUAAUGAGUAGAAUGAAAAUUAUUUCUGGGAUCAGAUCUUCAUGUUACACUCUGUAUACUAUACAGUGUAUAGUGUCAUUACACUUCAUCAAAUAUUCAUUUACGUAAUUUUACCUACGUAUUUCGUUCGAAAAAUAAUGAAAAGAAACACGUGUAAUAAAUAAUAUGUAUUUACCUAUACUAAACCUAUAGAUAGAUACAUACUUUAAUAACACGUAUAGGUGAAUAAAAAUAAUUCUUUAUUUUAUAUUUUUUUUAGAAAUAUUUUUCAUUAGUUUGAAAUGAAGAAUUUUAUUACUUUAGAAUAACUUGAAAAAUAAGUAUAAAAACCGGUAUUAAUUAAUGAAAAUCAACACUAUGUAGCGAACCGACGGUUCUGUUAAUCCACGUUUAAAACAUUGGUAUCAUAUGUUUACCUAGUAUUAUUCUGUAUAAGAAAUCAAAGGUCUAACGCUCCUACUUCCCAGACGUAAUGUGUGCGAAAAAUGUUUCGUUUGAAAUUAAAUUGCACGCACAACUACGCGUAAAAUGUGUAAGUGUAGGUAUUUAAAAUUUUAUAAUAAAUUGCAUAAAAUGUGACUGUGCUAUUUUUCGUGUAGGCCGACAGCCACGUACAAAUUAUAAAAAAUUAAGUGUAUUUAUAAAUAUCAACCUUAUGCGACCGUCAUGGGUGACGGUCGCCACAUUUUGUUUAACGAUUGUAUGUAUGAAGUGGGUACUUACAUAAUAUAAUAUGUGAGUAAUGACUAUAGAUAAAAAAAAAAAAAAAGACAAAAUAACACAAAAUAAAUUAAAUAAUUUGAACGACUCGCGUUAUCAAAAACUCCAAUGAUAUUAGGCAAGAUGUAUUUGGUAUUUAGGCUGCAUCCGAGUUCCGUCCCAAAUAUACAAUUUGAAUUUAAGAAUAUACUAGUUCCGUCCCGAGUUUUUAAAAUGGAUAUACUAAUUCCGUCCCAUGUAAUUUAUUUAGUUAUACGAGUUCCGUUCCUUUUCACAUUGUCUACACUAUAUUAAUGUAGCUAGAAUAAAAUUUACGACUACGAUAACAAUUUUAUAUUAUUUAGAAAUAAAGAUAAUACUAUUUAACUUUCCAGUCGUUAUUUGUGCGUCUCCGUGUCUGGAUUUAUUAUUUUUGAUUGUACUGAUAUAGUAAUAUUGUAAUAUUUUAGUUAACCUUCUUUUUAUUAAGGAUGGAAUUGGUGUAUAUUUAUUUUUCAACCGGGACGAAAAUGGCAUGUACACUUUUUCCACCCAGAAUGGAAUUGGUACAAAAAAAGAUUAUUGGGACGGAACUCAAAUGCAGCCGGUAUUUAUUAUGGUAGGACGUACCAAGGUUUACCAUGUAGAAUUGUGACUGUUGUAUAUUUUGUUUGUGGACAACUCGUUGAAAUAAAACGUAAAACAUUAACAUAUAGAGACUAUUGUAUAAAUGCGGAAAUUAUAAUUUAUCUAUGGUCUAAAAAUACUUGCAUAGUUUAGUAUAUUGUCUAUUCUUUACAAACUGAUAAAUGUGUAGAAUCAUGUACAUUUUGUUGUCUCCGUCUUACGAGUAUACAAUCCACGGCAUGGCUCAUUUACGUUCAGCAGAACCAAUUGUGUGCUUUUACUUUCAAUUCUGUAGCGAAUAUUGAUAUAUUGACAAACUCCGAGGGAAGAAAAUGAUCUGUGCUUGUACGUUGGUUGUUUUUUUCAUUCGUUAUUUUAACCAUUAAGCCAAAUGGAGUAUCAUUUUCGUGGCGGCACAGCGCAUGCCGUUUUAAUAAUGUACCACCGCUCUUCCCCGACCCAUACUUAAAAGUGGAAUAUCUCAUCAACGGAUUGGCGGAAAUUAAAAAUUUAAAUUCCAAAUUGUAUUUUAACUAUUACUCCAUCUAUUUGUGGAAUUUUUAGUAUAGGUUGCCGUUUAAAAAUCAAUAUUAGGUAGUCGUUUCACCCACAAAAAUUAGGGUGGCAAAAAAUAAGAUGAAUGUAAAAUUACAGAGCUGCUUGUUUCUGAAAUUGUCUAUAAAACAAAUGUCGAAAAAAGUUAAUACUUUCCGAAAUAAUGAUUGUCUUAUGCUAGAUUGAACACUCUGUAUAUGCUUACCAACCCUGCGGUGUACGUGAAAUAAUAUAGGUAAUAAACUGGCGGUUAUAUUUUUUUGUUUAACGCGUCACGCGUAUAAUAUUGUAAGUCGUUCGCGACGUUUUCUCAGACACGGCAUAACGAUGGCCGACUGCGAAGGUCGCCGGAAUGACUUGCGUACGCGGAUAACAGUGGCGUAAAAAUGGGCGAUUUGUAUAAUGUUAUAAUAAUGUCACGACAAUAGAUCGUCUAAUCAUUGUAGUAGUAUUAUAUGUUUUACGCGUUACCCCGUCUAUGUUAAUAAACAGCUGAUAGCCUGGUAACUGCCUAAUGUUUCGCGUGUGUAAGUAUUGGUACGCGCUGCAAACUCCUUGUUUUAAUUCGCGUAUAUAGUGCUGCGCGUGACGAUUUCCUGGUUUGAAUUCAACGAUCAAGGUGAACGACUCAGUGAUGACGGUGAUGAUAAUAAUAAUAAUAAUAAUAACAAUAAUAAGAAGAAUAAGGACCAUUUUCUCUAGUCAUAUUUUCUUUAGGACAUUACACGUUGACCAGUGCACAAUUCGAAAGACCGCGGUGCGUAUAACGCUAUUCGAUCGUUGUAAUCGUGAUCAAUAUUCGUGUUUUCGAAAUUAAACCAAAGAUAUACAUUUUUAUUCUAUCGGAUAUCUCACCAACGAGGUAAGGAAAACUUUUCUAAUUUCGUACCUACUUAAGUAUACGAUAUCUGUACGAUAUUGUUUUCUCGGGGUUUAGAAAAUAACGAAAAGUUUUAUUUCUAUUAUUGUUAUAUAUAUUUUAUUUUUAUUCGAUUUUCAACGUCGAGUCGUACCUAUAGUUAGGUUCUUUCCAAUGGUCUAUUAAAAAAAAAAUUCAGUUAUUUAAAUUAAAACCGUUUUGAUUCUUGAAUGUACAUAAUUGUUUACAAUAGAAACUAAUGACUAUACUAAUAUUUUAGACUAAAUUUGGCAAAGUCAAAUCAUUUUAGAAUCUAUUUUGAACUAUUAAACAUUUUGACUUUUUAGAUUCUGUUAUAAAAUAUUAUUCAAACAUUGCUUUUAACUGUACUCAUCAUAAUAACGAAUUAGGUUUCACUAUUUGAUGUCAUAUUGUCACGUCGAUUUGUUCACAAUAAUUGUUUCAAUAAUAAAAAGUAAAUCAAUUUUAUUUUUUUUUUCUAAUCAAUAAACUAAAUAGGUACUUAUUAAAUAUUAUGGAAUUAUAUUAUUGUUUUUGUUUGUUGAUACAGUAAAAUCGACACCUUUCUUAAAAUUGGUUCAUUUUUAUAUCAUUAUUUUUUGAACUAAAUAGCGUGAUGUUUUUAUCAUGAACUAGCAAUUUUCUCAAGGGAUUUUGAGUGAAUUUGAUUUCUGUUAUUUUUUAAUCACUAAGAAUCGUUUAAACUUUAUUUUAAAACCAUUUAUAAUUUUUUACCUUACUCCUUAUACCUUAAAUAAGUAUAUACUUUUGUUUUUCAAAUAGGAAUUCCCCUUAAAGUUUUAACUGGAGAAGUAAGGAAGGGUAAUAAAUUGCAUGAUUACACUCUACUUUACUUUUUCAGUUUAAAGUUUAAAUGGUUAUAACUCAUAGACGGUAAAUCUGAUAUUAGAGAUAUGUUUAUCAAAAUGUCUAGACAAAUAUUAUCUAUUCAAAUCUAUGUUCAAAAAGGGAGGAAUCCUAUAUGAAAAACAAAAGUAUAUACUUGUUUAAGGUAUAAAGAUUAGGGGUAAAAAAUUAAAAAUGGUUUUAAAAUAAAGCUUAACCGAUUCCAUAAUGAUUCAAAAAAGGAAAAAAAAAGAAAAAUCAAAUUUGCCUAAAAUCCUCAGAGAAAACUGAUGGUUCGUGAUAAAAAAAUUCACCCUGUAUAGUAACAAACAAAUUGUGCACGACUCAUAGUUUGGAAUACACUGAUAUAUGAGAACUGCAUUACAGCGAUUUAGACACACGUACAGUAAAUAAAAUAUAUUGAAUGACGAAAUUUAAAAAUAAAUUAUAAGUAGAUACCAACAUUAUUCGCUAGUCACUUGUCAGUACUAAUUACAAACUAUUUUAUAUUUAUAAUGAAAAAUAACAUGCGUUCUUAAAAUUAAUCACUGAUAUCGAUUAAUCACAUUGAUCAAACUUUGCCAUUGCGCGUGGCUUACCAGUCGCACGCGUUUAUUGUCGAAACAAUAUUAUCACAUUGAAUUUAUCGACUAUUGAAGCAGAAAUAAUGAAGUAAAAUAUAAUGCCCCUGUCAUAAUUCGCAAUGAUUUCGAUAAGAUCUAUAAAAACUAGUGGUGAGCCGAUAUGAUUUUUCCGAUAUCCGAUAUUCCGAUAGUUACUACAGAUAUAAAAUCUAUAACCAGGAGUUGAUAUUGAAAUUAACCGGUAUAUCAAUGCGUAAAAUCUGAUUUUUUAAACUUUUCUCUUAUUUGCAAUUAUGCAAGAGAUAUUAUAAGAAUUUGUUCCUUAAAAAAAAGUUUGUGGAAUAAAUCCGAUAUCCGAUGUCCUCGAUAUCGAUUUAUAUCUACACUGACUACUUAUAAAAACUUAAGUAAAAUACAAUAUAUUAUAAAGCAAUACAGUUUUAUAAAAAUGUAAUAUUUUUAAAUCUAUGUUAAUAUCAAUGAAUUGUGUUUUUCUACACUUAAGUUGAUUAUUUAAUUAAUUUAGUUCUAAGAUACCUAACAAGAAAGUAGGUAACCAAGGGCGUCACUAGGAAUUUUUAACCAAGUUUAAACUAACAAAAAAUAAAUAGAUAAUUUUAAAAAUACAAUUUUAAUACAAGAGAGUUUUACAAAAUAAAAUUAUAAUUACUGUACUCGUAACUUAUAAUAUACAUAUUGUUCAUUUAUAAAAUAUUUUCAAAGUAAAAAUUCAAACCAUAUUCUCUUUAUGAUAGCAAAUUCGUCAAUAACAUCCAAUGAAUUAUCCAUAAAUAGUCCACGUAUUUCCCUUUUUAUGGAAUUUAACAUCAAAUCAUUUAAUCUUGAAUUUUCAGCUGAAGCCCUAAAAAUACAAGAAAUAUAAUAACUAGGUCAUUUUUUUUUUUUAAUUGUUCAAAUCCAACUUGAUAACUUUGUACUUGGUAAAACAAUUCAGAAAAACGAGAACUAGAUGAAAAUAAUGUUUUACCCAAUGUACAUUGAUAUUUUGAUUUAAUAAGAAAUUCAUCAGAAUGAUAAAUUAAAAAAGUUUUUGUAAAAUUACAUAAUUUUUCACUGUCUAAAAAUUAUUUUCUCACCUGUUAUUUAUACCGGUUAUCUAAUCUCUGUCCUAAUACUGUUGUAAAUACGAGUAUAUUAUUUUAUAUGUUAUUAUUAAUUUUUUUUUUUUUUUAUAAAAAAUCUGGGUAAACCGGGAUCUAUUAGGCCUAUAAACUACUGGCUACGCCCCUGUAGAUAACUUGUAUGUAAUACCCAAUACUUAACUAUUAUUAUCUAAAACAAUUAUGUACCAAUAAUUAAUGAAAUAAUGAAUAAUGAUUAAUUAAUAUUUAGGUAGUCAAUAAUUUACCAUUAUUAUUAUUUAUAUUUUCAUAAAUUACGAAAAAUAAUGUAAUCGUAGAUACUUACCGGUUAAUUUUUUUAAACAAACUGUCAAAACUUAAUGGUUAUGUUAUGCUUAGUGGUAUGGUAAUAAUAUUAUUAAACUCAGCUCAUUUUGAUAUAACUAUGAAAUAUUAAUUGUGUAAGCUGAUCAUUGCUAUAGUGAUGAAUAAAAAAUUAAAGGAGAAAACUACUAAAAAAACGUACUUGUAUUUAAGAGUACAUCAGUUGUCUACAAUAUUAUAUUGUCUAACCUAACCUAACCUACCCAACAUUUAACAUAUUAUUAUAAUGAUUUAUUUUGAUGCAUGACGCAUAACUUUAUCAAAAAAAAAAAAUUACAGAUAAUAUUAUAUCCAUUAAAAUUAACAAUAGAUUAGUACUUAGAUAAUUCAACUAACCAUUAAUAGAGGUAUGCUUACACAAAUAUUUAAAAUCAAUCUAUAAUCAACCUUUAAAUAUAAAAAUACCAGUAGCUAAUACAUAAAUUUAUUAAAGUUUAAUGUUAUGUCAGUUAUUUAAUGAGAUUAUAAUAUAAGUAUUAGUUGCAUUUGUUUAUUUGUAUACUAUAACAAUUAAUCUAAUCACGAUAUAAUCCAUUAAAUACAAUGUAAUAAUUAACCUGAUGUAGCAUAUUAGCACAGUAUUCAUUUCAUUUAUUUGUACCUAUCUACUUUCUGAAGUUAUUUAACAAUAAAUGAAGUACAAUUUAGUAUUAUUUGAAAGGAAAAAUAAUUUUUUUUGUAAUUUAUUUACUCACGCGAAGUUCCAAGGUUUUAUUUAUUUGUUUAUUUUUAUUAACAUUAUUACAGCUUAAAUGUGACUUUAUAACUCAAUUUAUAUGUUUAACAUUUUAUAUAAACGAGCUACAAUAACCUAAAUCUUACCUUAUGAAGAAAAAAAGUAUAGGUACCUAGAUAACUUUCAAGGAUUUCAUACACUAUGUUUUUACAUUAUAUUAUAUUGAAAUAAGUUAAAUAUUUUGUAAUAUUUAAGAAGUAUUUAUUAAUCAGCUAAAAAAUAUUAUAUAAUAUAUUAGACGUUAUUUAUCAAGCAUGGGUGUAAUAUUAAUUGCCUUGAUAAAUAAUAAUUCCUAAUUAUAAUAAUUGUCUAAAAAUUAUACCAAUUUUAAGAAGUAAUAUUUUAAAAAUUGUAAUUUUUUUUUUAAGUACUCGUUAUUUUUUACUUUCCAUCGGUAUAAAUUAUUCGUAGUGCCUAUAUAGGUAUCUAACUAAUCCUCAAUAUUCUAAUAGGUACUUGUUGAUUUGUAUAAAGAGCGUGUUAAACCAAAUUUAAAAAUUUCAAACAAUAAUAAUUACCUUCUCGUAAUUACAAAUUUUUAUUUAACUUCACUUGGCGGAUGUUUGUUUGUUUUUUUAAUAAUAUUAUGAAAUAGUUACAAUUUCUUUUUUUCAUAGUUAUUUAUAAUUCUGAUUUUAUCGAUUAGAAAUAAUGUAUGUAGUUAUUAUUUGAUUUAAAUAUGUUUCGUUUUAUCUUAUGAGUAGCAUUUAAUAUAAUGAGCAUAAACAAUUUAAUGUAUUAUUUAGACGCAAAUAAUAUAAGAGUAUAAUCUCUCUCUUCUCUCUCUAUCUCUCUUUUUGUAUAUAUAGUAUAUUCCAAGUUCAGAUAAAAAUAAAACCAAUUGAUUAUAGUUACCUACUCCUGACUUCAUACACACGAUUUAAAAAAAAAAUUAGAUAAGGAAUUGUCUUUUUUUCGAGUCUAAAUAAACGCAUAGUAGUAGGUAACCAUUGGAAUAUUAAAUAAAUAUGAUUAUAACUAUUGACAUAUUAUUUUCAUUUGCUAACUAUAAAUUUUGUUGUUAUAAAAAAAAAAAUGUGCAUGUAUCACACUCACACACACACACACACACAUACAUUAUAACUGUUAUCGAUUAUUUGAUGUAUGAUAAAUGUAUUAGGUAUAUAGUUUUAUGCGUCGCAAAGUUCAUUUAAAAUCUCAGCCAACCACAUAGUAUACAUACACAAAACAAUAAUUUAAACUAACUAUACUUAUUUUGUUAUAUUUAUUACACAUACAAUAACUCAUUUUAGAAGUAAUAUCUAGUUUUAUGUGUUUUUAUUUGAGACAUUUAAAUGUAAUAUAAUUAUAGUAUGAUUUGUUAUCAAUCGAAACAUGUGCACGUGUCAUUAGGUAGAAAAAGGAUUUCGCCAAAUAAUGGUAGGUAAAUGUAUUUACAUAAAUAUAGUUUCUUUUUAAAUAUUCCUGUUAAAGGAGAUCAGAAUAUUUCUACCUGUUUCAAUAAGCGACAAAUGAGGUUGUGGCAGGUCGACAGCCGAUGUAAAAAUGUUUGAGGCGUCCUAAAGAAGAUUUGGGUGAAUUUUUCCAACUCGGAUGUAUGCAGGAACAAAAAAAAUGAGAAGAUGUGUAACACAGAAUUAAGUAUGGUUGGAUCAAGUGGAAAGAAUUUUCAGGUGUUUUGUGUGACAAGAUAAUUCCAAUGAGAUUUAAAAGUAUAAGUUCUACAAUAGUGUGGUGAGACCAUAGAUGUAGACUAAAUAUACAAAAGGCUUAAGCCCAAUAGGUUUUAAACUUAACAUUAAAGACUAAAUUACUUAAAAUAUUAUAUGUAGGGUUUAAGAUGUUUCAGGGAGGGCUAAGCCCUUCUAAGGACCAUUUCUCUUCUAUAUCUACUACCGAUAUAAAAUCGAUAAGUACUCGAUAUCUGGAGUAUUUGUAUAAAUCGUUUAGUAUAAAUCGAAAACUAUGAGUUUAUAUUGUAAUUAACCGAUACAUUUUUUUUAAUACUUCUUCCAUAUUCCAAAGACAUUAUUGAUAUUAUUAUUUUUUUUAAUUUUUAUAAUUUAUUUAUAUGUAUUGGCAUAUUGUAAUUUUCAAUCACGUGUGUAGAGUACCCACACGCGAAUAUGGUAAAUGAAAUGCAUUAAUUUAUUGUAACGAUUCAAAAAUAGUAACAAGUAUAACGACGGAUAUUAAAAACAAAAAAAAAACAAAAACAUUCUUAUUUCAAACUUCCCGUAAAGAUUCGACCGAAGAGUCGAAGAUAAUUUAAUUUUAAUUUUAGUUGAUCGAAUAAUAGUAAUUGAUAUUUGUUAAAAAAUUUCGUUGGUAAAUAAUAUAAAACUAUGAGACAUUCUAUUGUAUUUACGUAGUAAUAGGUAAUAGGUACACGAAUUACGAGUACUCGAUCCAGCGAUUUUCUCGUUGUAUUUUAAGUGAAUUUGGCAUCUGUUUUUUUCCUCCAAUCAUUAUGGAAUUGUAUAUGCUUUAUUUUAAUCAAAUAAACGAUAAUGUAUCAAGAUGAUAAAGUAUCACCUUAUGAACUUUAGUGCCUAUACUAAUAUAAUAUUGCUAAGCCGUAGGUACUAAUCGCAAUGAAUAAUAAUAUAACAUUAGGUAUAUUAUAAUAUUGCGGUCAUUAUCGUCGAAACAUUAAACCUUGACCUUACCGAGUGUUUAGUACUGCUGUAAGUAUAUUAUGUAUAUAAUAACUAUACUGUUGUGUAACAGAGUAGGAAUUAAUAAUGUAUUAUUUUAGAGGAGUUUUCUAACACCUAAAAACAUAUUUUAAUUUAUAAUCGAGUGUACAAAAUAUACGACGUUGAUUAAUGCAUAUGUAUUAUAAACAUUUUCGUCAUCAUACAAUAAUUCGCACUGGUAUGAAAUGGCAACAUAAUAUUAUAAUAAUACAUAAAUAUACAAUAUAUAGUAUUCCAGUUAUUUACCUGGGUGUACUUAUUAUUGUCGCAUAAUAAUUAUACGAGUGUCGAUAUAACACAUUAACGUAACAAAUAAUAAUUAUUAUGGUUAACAGUUUAACGUUGAAUUAUGAUAACUAUGUAAAUUUGGUAAAAUUAAUUUGUUUUAGAAUCAAAAAUUAUAUGAUCGUUUACAUUAGCUGCUACAUUACAAUUAUGAUUUUAAUAUUCGUUAUGUUAUUAAUGAGUGUGGUAAGUAGUACUAUAAUAUUUUUUACGAUUCGCGUUUCAAUACUAUUAUACCUAAUACGUUCAAUUAUUAUUAUAUUAUUAUAUUAUAUUUCAUUAUUAUUAUAAAGACGUAUCUUAAGUAUUUUACAAUUGUUGUAAAAAAUUAAAUCAAUAUUGACGUAUUGAAUGCGAUGCGCAAUUUUAUUUGAUACCUAUAAAUAUAUACCUAUGAUAUAAUAAUAUUUUUUUUAUUUAUUUUUUUAAAAUAAAUUUAUUAGGUAUCAACAACAAGGUUAUUAGGCAGAUUAUAAUAUUACAGUGACUUAAUUUAUCUAUCUAGUUUUGAACAAUUAUUUUUUACCGGAACAUAAUAUUAUAUUAUCGUAGAGAAUAUUAGUUAGGGAAAUUAAUAUAAUGUGUACUUUUAACUAUAUAUGUCUUCUAAUUAUUAAUUUAGUUUAAUAUUUAUCGUUAUUGUGCUUAGGUGGAUGAAUGAAGUAACGAGAGAAGAUUGGACAAAGAACGAGAAUAUAAAAGGUUUCGUCAAUAUUGGACAAAAUGAGAGUAUAUAGAUGUUAGUGAUGCAAAUAAAUGUAGGAGAAAAGAGAGGAAGAGAAAGACCGAAAAAGAGACGGUUUAGAAUGAUAUGAGGACGGUCGGUAUAUGCGAGGAUAAUAUAGGAUUGGGAUCGAGGAUCGAGACGAGUGGUGAUGUUUAGGACGAGGGUUGACGAUCCUAAAUAGUCAAAAUUUAAGCGAAGAAGAUUAGAGGGUAUACGCUCAAAAUAACUGUUUUAAACACAAAUUGUAUUUUAAAUCGUAUGGUUUUCACUGAAAUUAUCUACAAAAUUAUUAAAUUUAUUAUAAUUAUAAUUAAUAUUUUUGAUUAUAUAAUCAUUCCCUCGCAUAAGUGCACCUCUAAACCUAUAUGUUAUUAAAUUGAAUAUUAAAUAAAUAAAAUAUUUUAUUAAAUGUCACAUUUAUCUGAUUGUACUCUUAAUAUUUUAAGUAUCUAGAUAUUAUAGUAAUAUUAUAUUAUAAGUGGACAGAUAAUAGUUGUAUGUAUAAUAUAAUUGUAAUUAUUAUUAUUUACUUUGAGAUUUCCAAAUAAUUAGUUUUUAUAAAACGAACCACAAUAAUUCUUUUUUUUUUAAGCGAACAAAUUAAUUUCCAAAAAUAAAAAAAAAUAAAAACCGUUGCUAUUUAGGUAUACAAUAUAUUGCAUACUAACAUUAAUAAUCACUUUCCACCAAAACAAUUUGAAUUAGGUUUAGUUGUAUUGUUUUAUUGUGUUAUAAGGAUUCAAGAAAUAAUAUGCAUAAUAAUGAUUAUGCACAUAUUCGUCAUUGAAUGAUGUAUAUAUUAAUAUUUCUAGCUGAAUCUAAUGGUUAGCGGAAAUGAUACAACAAAAAACAAAGAAUAUGACAACCCAAAAUACAUUGCGGCAGCCGUCGAAUAUCACCCCAACUUAGGCCCUCAUCCUUUACAGUCAAUCGAGAACAAUUUACCUAUUUAUGAAGACAUAAUCCACAACGCUAGUCAAUAUGUGAGUACAAUUUAUAUAUACAAAUAAUACUAUAGAUUCUGUAGUGACAUAGCCAGAAUUUCUCGAUUGAGGGGCCAAAAAAUAAAAAAUCAAAAUUGCAUGUUAGUAUGUUAACGUUAAUUUUCUUAAUUACAUUUAAAAAGUAUACUUACCUACUUAACCAAUAAAUUAUAAAAACAAAUUAUAUACCGAGGACUAGAAUCAUACUGAGAUUAAGCGGUUUUGGAACCGGAAACUAUGAAAAAUACGAGAACUGGAACCGAAAUUUAAAUAUUUUAAAAACCGCAACCUAAACCGAAACCAUAAUUUCAAUAUUAUGCAAAUCGAUACAUUUAGCUAAAGGUUUUGACGGUUAAAUUUGAUUUCAAUAAAAUGUCUUCAUUUUUGUUUGCCAACUAGCAUCGUAAUUGGUAGUUAGAUGAUAUUUAUAUAAUAAUUAUUUGAACAAACGGUGUAAAUCAAUGUUUAUAAUACAUUUUAGGACGUUGAUAUAUUAGUUUUUCCCGAAGCUGGUUUAUCUGGAGUUAUUUUACCUCAAGACAGAAAAGAAAUACGAAAAUUCUUAAUGGAAAUUCCUUCACCAGAAAGUAACACUAUCCCAUGUUUUAACGAAUAUUGUAGUACGGUAAAUAUAUUAUAAUUACACACCUUAAACCUACAUAUUAUACGUAACUAUAACACUAAUACAUAAUAUUAUAUGAUGUAUAAAUCGAUAUCUAAUUGAUUAUUCAAUGUAUAAUGCUGUGACCUAUUAAAUAUAAUAAUAUUAUUCGUGGAUAGGUGUUGAGUAAAUUAUCGUGUGCGGCUAGACUUCACCAUAUGUAUGUAGUAGUCAAUUUACCGGAAAUUGAAUAUUGUAAUAAAGAAGAUAGUGCACAGUGCUCAGAAGAUUCGGCCAAUUACUACAACACGAACGUCGUUUUCGACAGGGAAGGAAGAAUCAUUGCUAGGUACCUAAUCAAUAUUAGCCACGGUCGAUGUAUUAUUUUAUACCAAACUGUGUCAAAGCCGUGUUAAACCAUUUGGCUUCCCGGGGCAAACAUGGUGGUUCUAACCCUAAAACCAGAAAAAACUGAUUCUAUAUGUGGCCACUGGUAUCUCACUAUAAGGAAAUAAUUUAUAUAGUUGGCCGUCUCCCCCCAAAUUUGUUUUUCUAACAAUACCAAAAGUCUCUUCUCUGACCGCAAAUAAUGGAAUUAUAGUUCAUUAUAAAUUAGGCAUUAGAUAUUAUUAAUAAAUUGAAUAGGUAUUAUAGUACGCCGCCGGUUUCUCAAGCAACCAUAUAGAUUGUACCUAUGGAUAGAAUUUAUCAUCAUGCAUUCUUGCCAAGUGCCGAUUACUAUAAUAGUUAUAUCAGAUUUAAAUUUUUUUUUUUUUUUUAUCUAUCUAUUAUAAUAAUUUAUACUAAUUUACUAUUUAGGUGUCCUAACAGAGAAAAUGUAUACCAAUUUAUUGUCGGUUUUUUUAACACGGUUUUGCCAAUUACUCAGUGCUCACCUAUAGGUAGUGUUGAAUCCAGGUAUAUGACAGGGAGCAAUAGCCCCCCCCCCCUGUUAAAUGUAGAUAAAUUAAUAAUUAUUUAAAUAAUUAAACAAAUUUGACUGGUCUUAUAGUAAGAGAGUAAGAGAGAUAAGCAAAAAAAAAGUCAUUAUUAUAAUUUUAGUAAUGCCUCCUCCAGAAAAAUUGUCUGAACACUGCCUAUAAGUACCUAUAUAAUGAGUUUCAAUGCAUAGGUACCUAAUAAUGUGUAUAUUCUGUAUUAUAAUAUUUUAUUAUUUCAGGUAUAGAAAGUUUAAUUUAUUCAUAGAAUUAGGAUUUAAUCAUACAAAACUAUCAGAACUGUGUACGUUCGAUACCGACUUUGGAGUGCGAUUUGGAAUGUUCAUAUGCUUCGACAUACUAUUUCAAGACCCCGCUGCUCGACUUGUCCAGGAGUCGGGUGUUAAGGAUGUUAUAUUUUCUGCAGCUUGGUUUUCGGAAGUACCUUUACUUGCAGGUUAAAUACUCGUUUAAUAUGUUUUAUUACUUAAAUAAUAAAAUUAAAAAAAAACAAAAAUACGUCACAUUGAGUGCUUAAUGUGUUAAAUUAUGUACUUAUACUUAUUAAUAUUUAACAACCUGUUAUGCGUUCAUAUUAUUCAAAACACUUUGGAAUAAAUCACGCAGGUAUAUUAUAUAGUAUAGACUUGACAAAAUAUAUUAGACCAGAUUGGACUGGGCUUAAAAAAAAUUUCCUCGGACCGGAUCAGAAUUUUUAAAAGCUUAGCAUUAUUUUCGGGUCAGGAUUAGGUUUUCACGAAAUACUUUGUACCAGAUCGGACUUGGUUUAAAAACAAAUUGAUGGCCCUUGCAGGUCUAUAAUAUAUAAUCAGUUUAAAUUACGUGAGUAUGCCUAUAUUAUAGGUAUAUAUAUAUGUAUAAUAUAUUUUCAUAUUAUUUUAAACUGUGUACAAAAAUAAUAACUGAUAUUGAGGAUUUGUGUGAACAAAUUGUUUAAAAUAAUGUACCUAAUGAGUAAUGGUUAUAAAAGCCGUAAAUUUGUAAAUUUUUAAUUUAUGAUUUUUCUUAAUUGUUAUGAAUCAAAUUUGUAGCCAAGUCAGCGUUAAAUUAGAUAAAUCGAAAAAAAAAAAAUUUCAUAAACAUUCGAACCCUACUAAUCACCUAUAGGUACUUACCCACCUAAUAUUAAAAGUGCCAUUUGCGUUAUUUGAUUCAACGUUUGAAUUGAAAAAGUAAAAUAUACAAUUAUUGAAAUCUUGUCGAUAAUAUUAUAUUUUUUGACCGUUUUAGCCGACUCCGUUCAGGCCGGCUGGGCGUACGCCAAUGACGUCAACCUAAUAGCGGCCGGUUACAACGAUCCAAAAAUGUGCGGAGGAGGUAGCGGUAUUUACGCGGGCAAAGACGGUCCGUUAGUGAUGUACAUGCCGGACCGAGCAGGAACUCACAUAAUUCUAUCGAGAGUUCCGAAAAGACGGUACCACAACAACAACGGCGGCCAAUCCUAUAACAAACGUUCGAUUAGCAGUACAUAUUUAACGUUUAUGUCAGAUUAUCUAGUCUUACCGUAUGGUAAAGAAAAAAACCUGCCGAAUAGCAAUCGGCCCAGUGAUCUCAGGUCAGUUUAGUUCCCUCAUCGAUCUUAUCGAUAGGUACCUUUAAUAAUAAUUAAAAAAAAAGAGCCGAUACUGGUGCAGCCACUGUUGUAGGUGAGUAAUGGGAAAGGUAGGAUACAUAAAGUUAUUUAAUUUAUACCUGUAACCUGCAACGAUAAACUAUAAUAACGAAAAACUAUUAGUUCGGUUAUACGUGUUUUAUACAAUAUUUACAAUGUUCGUAAAAUUUGAUUUUAAAACUUUUAUAAAAAAAAAAUACUGUAUUAAACUAAAUUUCAUUUUUUGAAACAAAAUUAAUUUUUUUCCCCUGUUUUCUAUCCGACGUGCUUUUGCAGAAACUGGUUUUGCGAGACUUGGGUUUAAACUUGCGACAUACAUACUAUAAAAUCGAAAAUAUUGAGUUAAUUGACAAACACAUAUAAUAUCUGCAUAAUAUUAAAACUUCAAAAACUAUAAUUUCAAAACUAAGUAAAUCCGCUCAAUUCUGACUUCAUCAUCAUUCUUAAAUUGUAUAAUACAUAUUAUCACCAAAAUAAAAAAAAUUGAAAAAUUUGCAUAGACUACUAGCUAGAUUUGUUCCGCAGAAUUUUUUACUCAAACAAAUUUCGUCAAAAUUUGAUUUAAAUAUUACUUAAUAAUAAAUACUUAAUUUAAAAUAUUCAAAUUAGUGAUCAUUUUUAACAUAGGGUACGACUUUUAAUGAACCUUCUAUUAAAUUUCCAAGUAUUCCUGUUUAGUCUAACAAUUUUAUCCACAGAAUACCUACUAAAUACAAAUUACGUACAAACCUCGCAAAAUUAAAAUGUCUAUAAUAAGCUCGAAAAUGGAUUAAAUGUUAUAGAAAUUUUACCACGCCUAGAAAAAACAAAUAUAAGUUUUUUAUCAAAAUGUCUAGUCUUUAUAAAUAUAUUAAACUAAAUUAGAUUAAAAAGAAAUACGUCCUAGGAUUAUGGGAACGGGUGCAGCCACUGUUAUAUAUAAUUUAAUGUAUACCUGGUAUACCUAAUAUUUCUGGUAGAAAACAUAAGUUGAAUAUAUUAAAAUAAUUAAACCGAUACACUAUAAGUAUACUGUAUACAUUGCCGUGAAUAUUAAUCAAUUUUAAUUUGUUGGUUUUCCAAAUUAUUACUUAAACUACUUAUCGAAAAACGACUUACUUUAUCGGUGGCGAAAUAUUAUAAAGAACAAAAUCGAUCUCUUGUCAUUUUUAUGUUGAAGUAAUAUUUUCGGUAGACAACAUCGUGUUAACAUAAUAAAAUCAAUGAAAACGAUAACGCAUAAACGGUAACAUCGAAUAUUUUUAACCGAAGUACAACAAAAAAACAAAAUUAGUAAUAAAUAAUAAAAACAUUAUUUUCGUAAAUUUUCCAAUUAUUUUUACGUUUUUUUCGGUUUUGCUCAAUUAUUCAAGAACUAUAUUGAAAAUAAAAUAAUACAUUUUUUCACAUGAACUAGAUUUAAAAUGCAACAAAAAAUUCUCCUAUCGUUUUUCUAUUGAAGCAAUAUUUGUGAUAAAAAAACGUAAAUUGAUUCGCUUUUCAUUUUUCGUCUUUUUCCGGUGUUCCCAUUUAUUUUAAACACCCCAAGAAAAAUGGCCCCUUUAUAACGCCAACUAGCCAAAAUUUCCUUUCAGAAAAGGUACUACACUUCAUACAUUGAAGCAAGAUUUCUGGUAGAAAAGUUGUUUACAGACAGAAUAUUAACGAAAAAAAAAAAAAAAACACUUCAUAGUAAAACCAAUAGAUCCCUCGCUGCGCUUCGAAUCUAAAAAUGUGUCGCCGGAUACCGAUGAUACCUACUCGUUGUUAUCGUUACAGGUUCUUCGCAGACAAUAGUUUCAAGUAUUUCAAUGUGGCAGCCAUGCGCUCCGCGGACCCGGACACUAGCCAGGACGAAACGCUAACCGCGACGUUCGAAUACAAACGGGACGGUUUCGAGUGUGCCAUGACGGUCAGCUGGCUCAAUGAGAACAACAACGACACUACGUGUUAUGACAUGUUCGCGUACACCGGUACCAAAAGGUUUGGCAUUCUGAACAUGCACAUUGAAACGUGCGGACUGACCGCGUACAAGCAGUCCGGGCCCGGCGGCGGCGCCAUAGUCCACUACGACCCACCCAAAGACAUGGUGACGAUAACGGCGAUCGCGAUCCGCGCCCGUUCCACGAACCUCGACACGCUACCCAUACCCAGCACGCUGGACGCACGCAACUAUCCGCUGGCCAGCGACCACUAUACGUUUGGACACCGAACCGUAAACGUUGCCGCCGGCAAGCGGAAAAUGUUACAGAUCGAUAUGGUACUGUCCAAACCGGUGGCCAACCUAGUGACUUUCGGCAUUUAUAAACUGCCUCAACCUUUAAAGGGAUGAAUAGCGGCACAUCCGUUCUGUCCACGAACUGUUUCUUAUUAUUAUUAUUAUUAUUAUUUCCAGUCUCUUUUCCCAAUUAAUUGGAAUCUGACAUCUCGGUCCUACAACUUCAUUUUUUAAAUCUCCGUCAAAUGACUCACUCACAGCACGCUCAAUACACACUCCAGCAGUCCUUAUAUUACUUUCAACCGUGUCUAACCAUCUUAUGUUCGACAUUCUUCUUCCCCAUCAUUUCAUUCACAUUCAUUAUAAUUAUUGUAUCCAUGGCCUCCAUUCGCCAUAUUAUACAAUAUCUCUCGAUUUCUAUUUUGUAUAUGGUACCUACCACCUGUUACUUUACUUCAGUAUAAAUCUGUACCGCAAUGCCAAUGAAUAUCAAAAAUUCAACUUAUAUUUAUUUUAACUAUAAUUUUAUAAUAUUUAUUUCAGUUUUAAAAUUAAGGAUAUGAUACUUAGUUAAAUAUUGUACAAUCGCAGUAUAUGUAUAUAAUAAUUAUUGUUAUAAUGUAAGUAAUUUAUUUAAUUGUUUAUAAAAUUUAUACUUUUUAAACUAAUUGGGUGUCCUCUCAUCGGGUUCAUAACAAAUUCAUCGGCGGCAAUUUCUUAUUUGAACAUCUAUUGACCUAGGUAUUGUGUCAGUGCGAAUCGAAUUUUUUGGGGGUGACAGUUAAAUCAUAUCACGUGCUAUUUCCAUUAGAUUUCAAUUCCUCGCUGAGUGACCAAAAGCCGAAAUUAUAAUAUUAUAAAAUGCAGAGUGUACUAUUUCCUUGAAGCAGUGCCAAUACAUUUUAAACCUUAUUUUAGAUAUUUUGAUCCACAAAAUAAUAUGGAAUUUUAAUUUUAACCUAAGUUAACACAAAGUAUAAUCAACUAUUUUUUAGGAACUUACUCUAGAAAAUUAAUUUGGUAACUUUUAACUUAACUUAAUUUUAUCUGUAUUAACUUAACUAAAAGCGCCCAGUGCCAAUGUCGGUUUGCCCACAAAAAUACACUCUACGAAAUAGUGAUACUGUUCAGUAGAAUCAACCAAAUUUUAUUUUAUUUUAUUUAAUAAAUAGAGGGAAAAAUUCUACAGACCGUAUUGAACUUCGUUUUUCAAUAUUUUAUUCUCAAAGUUUAAAAUAAGUCUUUAAAAAAGGUAAAUUUUAAGCUUUUUUUACCAUUUUUUUUUCCAUUACCUAUUUAAAACCAGAACUAAACAAAUCAGAGUUCAAUGUGGCCUGUAGAAUGUUUUGUUUAUCAAUAAAAACAAUUUUUAUGAAAAUAUUGAAUUAACAAUGAGUUAUCUAUCAAUAUUUCGUCAUUUUCAUCAGUGAAAACAGCCUCACCCCUUCCCCCUAAAUGAGUAGAUCAAUUAGAAAAUUUUAUCUUUAAGGUACCUAACAAUUGAAAUGUUAAAAAUAAUUUAAACAUUUUUCAAAAUUGGAGAACAUUUGAAAAACUGACACGAAGCCCUUAACCAAUACAAAAAAAAUUGCUCUAUUGAAGAUCCCAUUAUUAAAUUUUAGCAAUUAUAUAAAUACAAUCAAAUCAUACAUUUUUCAUAAUGUAUGUGUUAUGUAUGCUGUCUGUUCCUUAUUUUAUUUGUAAUAAAAUUAUUAUCAUCACCACUGUACUAUUGUUAAAAAGGAUUUUCAUCUGUUUAUUAAAAAAAAAAAUCAAACAUAUACUAAGAAUAAUUUUAAAGAUCCGAUGAAUCAAUUUAAUUUCAUUCAUCUCCAAAUUGCUCAAUUAAGUACCUAAUUUUAGUGUAGAAAUAAUUGAAUAAACAUUUUAUAAAAACUAGUUUGUAUGAUAUUAAUAAGAAUAAAUCACAUUUUAAAUGUAAUUUAAAUUAAUAUAAUAUUUUCAAUAGAUAAUAAGAUCAAGUAUUCUGUAUUAUUUUACAAAACUAUUCAAUUAUUAUUUAUGUCAUAUAUAUAUUAUAUAUAUUGUACAAUAUAAAUGCAAAUACAUAUAAUAUGAAUUUACGAUAGUUGUUUCAUG